CCUUACCCACCCGACGAUCAGCCAAGAUGCCUGCCCUGCGUGAACGAGACGAGCGCAACCUGUGGCUGAUCCUGACCGGCGCGGCACGGCGCGUCACUCUCUCUGCUCCGAAAAUUCAGCCACGCUCGAUCCUCAAAGCGCUCCGACUUCUCAGUGCCAUUCCUACCGUGCGGCCGUCUGCGUCGUCAGCUUGUUGCCGAGGAAAACCCCGGCCCGUCGACGUGCGCAACGUGCGAAUCAUCGUCGACGGCGGCGAUGCGCGUCGGAUGCGGGUGCAUCAUCAUCGCUACUACGAGGGACAGAUCGCGCGCGGAGCGUCGCGACGCAAUCUCGGGGGAUGAUUGCGAGGGAUGCCGAGAGCUGUCGCGCUGAAACUUUCAUUUUUACGAUACAGCGAUCGCAAGCUUAACGAGUUGACCGCAUAUGGCAACGGAGUGCGAAAAAAGGAUUGAUACUGUCGAGGAAAGAGGUGACGGCUAGACCGCGAGUGAAAAAGAACUGCGUUUCUCGAUGAAGAAUGUGUAAUUAGCGACGUUUUGUGAUUGGCCAUGAUGAACAACAUCGGCGAGAGUUCUUCUCACAUCGGAUGUCGGAUAUUGCUCUGAUCGAUGUUGCAUGCAAGAGAAAGAUUUAAAUUGGUUGGAUGUGUAGCGACCUUUCACAAAGAGAAAUAUAUUAGCAUCGUAUUUAAAGCUAGUCAACGAUAUCGGAUAUGCAAUAGAAGACUGAUUUAUUAUUAUAAUUUAUAAAAAAAAUACAUCCACAUUGUGAGCUUCUUAUAAUUACGUGGCAUUAUACAAAGCUAUAUAUUUGAUUCAGAAAGAAAUAAAACUUCCGGAUAUAACGCGAUCUUAUAAUAGAUCUUUCUACUUUAAAACAACAAAAGACCACGUAUAAAGAAAGUAUAUGGAAUAUUAUUAAUUUUUAUUAAGUUGCUGCACUACCUCAGUGACAACAAGCAUAUUUGAUUGCAUUUGCCAGAGCAUCACAUUCGUCGGACAUUUUUAUAUAAAACCUCUCAUAGUGACGAAGUAAAGUUGGUUGUUCAUUCCGGUAAACGCAACAUAUCGCAAUAUUGGGACCAAUGCACAUGCUAUCGAUAUAAAAUGUUCGUAUAUGUACAGGCAUAAAUUUGCCGAAGUAAGCCUUACCUGAGAGCUACGAUUAGCGAAAGUAGCGAUAUAAUUUUCGACAUGAGCAUUACAUCCAGUAUAAGAAAAGAACGAUCGAUACCGUUGUGAAGACGGGAGUAUUUAAAGAUGGCAGAAAAGGUCUACAGUUUCUACGUUUAUUAUCUUAUAAGUGUAUGAUGCGAAGAUAAUUAUAAGGCGCCAAUUAUUAGCGCAAUCUUGAGAUAUGUCACUUGACAAACAAAGAAUCUUGAGAAACAGAAGAAGCUUCUUCCGUGCAUAGUUCCGAUUUUGCCGAAUAGUAAAUCGGCAAAAUAAAAGAGGAGAUAGAAAAGUAGAAAGAAAAUGCCGAAAGGAAGUUCAGGAAAAGAUAGCAGUGAGAAUAUCCAACUAGAGCCCUUAUCUAGGACCUCUAGGCAAAACGAAUCUGCGGACACCACAGAAGACGUAAAAGAACCACUAAGACGUAAAACAUGUGAUUUAGGAGAUAGCAAUGCAGGCUUACACAGACGAAAUUUUUACGAGCGUGCAAAUGAAGUCGUUAGAUGUUCUGAAAGAAAAACUUACUGUGUACUUUGUGUCUGUUGUUUGGUACUUCUCAUUACGUCACUUAUCAUUGCCUUGGCGCCUUUACGAAAUGGCUGCACUUGUUCCGAAGAAGAGUCCCGUAAAAUUGUAGAUGAUGAAGAGAGCGCCGUGCCUCGAAUGGACAAUGGAGAGGUGUUUCCAUGGGAUGACAUAAGAUUACCUUCAUUCGUGCAUCCUACUAGGUACAAUAUUACUAUGCAUCCAAAUCUUACCACUUUAGAAUUUAGAGGACAAGUCGCGAUCGAAUUCUAUGUCGAUGAAGAGACCAAAUUUAUUGUCUUCCAUAGUAAAAAUUUGACAAUACAGGAACAAAUAGUCAAAGGCGGCGAAGAAUAUAUGAAAAUUGGGAAAUUACUCGAGUAUCCGAAACGUGAGCAGUUGUAUCUGGAAUUGAAGGAAAACAAAUUUCAAAAAAGAACCAAUUAUACGCUAUUCAUGAGGUUCAAUUCAACGCUGAAUUCCACUGAUUUUAAAGGAUUCUAUGUCAGCAGCUAUCUUAUCCCUGGAAAAGAACAGAAAUAUAUAGCGACAACUUACUUUGUGCCGACAUACGCGCGCAUGGCCUUUCCAUGUUUCGACGAGCCACAAUUUAAAGCCAAAUUUAAGAUAUUGAUAUACAGAGACAGAUUCCAUAUUUCGUUAUGCAACAUGCCAGUGAUAAAUACUGAGGAAGCCGGAUUUUACAUGGGACAAAAUCUCAAUAAUACUACUUCUCAGUUACGUGACGAAUUUCAAGAAUCUGUGGAGAUGUCAACGUACUUGGUAGCCUUUGUGGUAUGCGAAUUUAAAAGUGAUUUCGCAUUAACCAAGAGAAAUACGUCUGUGAGCAUGUACGCGCCAGCGCACAUACUUCCGCAAACAAAGUAUGCCAUGAUUACUGCCGCUCGUAUUAUGGAUUACUUUGAAUCUUUCUUCGGCAUACCUUAUCCUUUGCCAAAGCAAGAUCUGAUAGCAAUUCCCGACUUUGUGCCUGUUGCAAUGGAAAAUUGGGGCCUAAUUAUGUUCCGAGAAUCAUUUUUGAUAUACAAUCCACAAAACACAUCUACCGAAACACAAGAAUAUAUGACUGUUCUUAUGGCUCACGAAUUGGCUCAUCAAUGGUUUGGCAAUCUCGUUACGAUGAAAUGGUGGAACGAUGUCUGGUUGAACGAAGGAGCAGCAACCUUCCUCGAAUACAAAGCCGUAAAUCACAUUUUACCGGAAUGGGGCAUGAUGGAUUUACUCAUUUUAUACAAAACGCAACGAGCGCUCGAACUCGAUGCUCUGACCAAUAGUCAUCCAAUAAGUGUACCCGUUGAAAAUCCUAUUGACAUAGAAAGCAUAUUCGACGCAGUUAGCUAUUAUAAAGGCGCUUCAAUCCUUUACAUGCUAGAAGGAGUUUUAUGCGAGAGCGUUUUCAAACGCGGAUUAAACGAUUAUCUAAAUUUACACGCAUACGGAAACACAGAGACCAACGAUCUGUGGGCGGUUUUCACAAAGCAUAUGAAGAGUACUAACACAUCUGUUAAUACUGAGCUUGACGUAAAAACAAUAAUGAACACUUGGACUCAGCAAAUGGGUUUUCCUCUUGUAAAUAUCAUUCGCGAAGGCGAUACUAUCACAGCGACUCAGAAGAGAUUCCUCACUUCACCAGGAGAUGAUAAAACAAACAUUUCGCAGCCCAAAUCACCCUUCGACUAUAAGUGGUAUGUUCCGUUGAAUUGUUACACAAACAAAGAGCCUCCGGAUCAACUCGAAACGUGGAUGAAUAUGACCAAUGCAUCUUUUGAAAUACCGAGCGACGUCGAUUACAUCAAAUGCAACAUCAACCAAACCGGCUUUUAUCGAGUUAAUUAUCCGAAGGAGAUGUGGAUGUCAAUCAUUAAAACAUUAAUGAAGAAUCAUACCAAAUUCAGUCCGGCAGAUCGAGCGAGUCUCAUCGACGAUGCUUUUGCACUUUGCGAUGCGGGUGAAUUGGAUGCUUCAAUCCCACUGGAACUUUCACUUUAUCUUGUCAAUGAAACAGAUUACGCCCCGUGGGAGACUGCGCUUCGAUAUUUAAACUUCUGGAAAAAAAGAUUAGGGGAGAGUGAAGCAUACAAGAGAUAUAUCUUAUUCUUUAAAAACCUAUUGGGUCCGAUCACAAAAUACAUCGGAUGGAAAGAUGAAGGAUCUCAUUUAAAAAAAUUAUUAAGAAUCACAGUAAUGAAAUCCGCUAUCGAACUAGAAAUGGAUGAUGUUGUGAAGUCUGCAAGAAAUCUUUUUAAAGAAUGGAUAUCGAACAGAACACGCAUCGCGCCCAACAUACGAAAUAUCGUUUAUAUGGCAGGUGUCAAGUUCGGAGAGGAAGCUGAUUGGCGAUAUUGCUGGCAAGUCUAUCUUGAGUCACAAAUUCAAAAUGAAAAGAUAAUGAUGUUGCAAGCUUUAGGCACUGCAAUGGAUCCUUGGUUACUUAAACUUUAUCUUCGCUUUUCACUGAAUCGUACGUUAAUUAAGGCGCAAGAUGUUAAUACUAUCAUAGGAUCUGUCGCUGGCAAUCCACACGGACAUUAUCUCGCUUGGCGUCAUAUUAAAGCUUAUUGGCCGCAAAUAGAAGACUUAUACGUAAAUGAAUCGCUCUCGAUAAGCGAUCUCAUACGUAACGUCGUUCCCGACUACUUUAUCACAGAGUACGAUUAUCACGAAGUUUCGGACUUCUUCAAACAACACGAUGUUCGCAGCGGUAAGCGCGCACUGCAACUGAGCUUGGAAAUGAUAAAGUUUAACAUCCACUGGGUGAAAAUAAAUGCGCAAAGUGUGAAUGAUUGGCUCGUUCAAUAUUUCACCGACCUGAAUCUUGUGAGUUAACCUCCGCUCGUCAGAAAUGGAACAAGAAUGAACCGCAACGAGCAUUCAGCCAUUAUGCAACUAUGGCCAAUUUUUCUACUCGUUCUUAUUUAUACGCGAAAUACUCCUAAGAUAUACGUGAUACAGCCUACGAAAAGUGAGACUCUUGAGGCUUAAAAGGUAAAAAGAAUCUCAAUCAUUAUCUUAGAUAUAAAUUUGCAGAUCAAAAGCCAACCAUUUCCGUCAGCUUUGUUAGGGGAUCAUCUCCGUCAGGCAAAGCAUAGAACUUAAAAGGACAAUUCUUGUACGACAAAUUAUUUUCCUUGAAAAGAUACUCUCGCGAUUGUACAAAACUCAUUAUCAUAAUUUGCCUGUGCUGAAAAGGGUCCCUUAACGAGCAUAAAUAAAGCCGAAUUGUUUAUAUGUAAUACAUUAUACACCGAUUUAUAUAUACGCACUUUCGAAAGUAUUUAUUUACCGUGCACGCAGCGCGUGCCGCGAUCGGAUCAUUAACAAUAAGUAUAAAACAAGAUAAUGAGAGCAGAAACAUCGUUGUUCCUAGGGUAGUCGUUAACCUAACGUUUGGCAAAUAAGGGCUAACGACGUACGCCUAUUGACAUCAUAUAAGCUUUAGUCUCCCAAGUUCACUAUAUUUUAUUAUAACAAGAAGCAAAUAAAUGGAGUAAUAUUAUCUCCACGUGAUGUUUAAACUCCAUUUCUAUAAACCAUCCACCAAUAAAUUAUUACUUUGACAGGGAGAGUUGAGCUUGCGGCAAAUUUGUCGAAGAAAAAAUGCUAAUUGUACGGCUUUAUUUACAGUCCUUAGAUAAGUAAAAUUUGCGUGUAAAACUUGCAGUAUUUUGCAGACGCGUUUAGAAUUAAUAGAAUUAUCAUGAAUGUACGAGCGAUCGUUUCAUACGUCUAAGUAAGUAGCAUAUCAAUGUACGGCAAAGAGGCGUGAUACGCUAAAUUGCUCGGGUCUGUGCCUGUGUCUCACAAGCACCGUCCAAUGAAAAACGAGACAAGACGAUAUAUAAAAAAAAAUUCGGCCGCGAGUCAUAUGGAGAUGUAUGUAAAAAAAGAUUGAUGUACUCCGUAUCGCGUAUUCGUAUUUGUUAGAGGUUGCUGGAGGCGCAGGAUACGUCUCGUGUGGAGUUGAUUGUUCUCCAUGCGAAGUAGUAUAAAAAUAGAAAAUUGGAUAUUUUAUUAUGAAGAAGUAAAUAAAUUUGUAU